GCAAACUGAAGAAAAAUAAACAAGCCCAAAAACGUGUUGUGUGAAUUUUUCCGGUAUUUUGUUUUUAUGGAGUACUUUUGUGGAUUCUACCGUGUGUUUGUUCUGUUAAACUAUGUCUAAGCGUAAUAUCGCCUAUAUUAAGCCACAAGAUCCAUCCUUUUUAGCAAAAUUGAAGCAAGAAAUAGGAUACAAAGAGGGCCCAAGUGUCGAAACCAAACGACAAAAAAUAGAAGAUUUGGAUGAUAACUUCUCCGACAGUGAAGAGCCGGAACGCGAAGACGAAAAACCCCUGGUGGUGGUGCUAAAAUCCGGUGAUCUUACCGAAGAGGAAGCCAAGGCCGAAGAAAAACGCUUGGCCAAAGAAGCCGCUGAAGCUCCAGCCGAUUUAAAUCAACCCAUCGUUUUUCGUAAACGACACAAACCAUCAGAGGCUUCCGAAGCUGCUCUAAAAACUUCAUCAUCAUCAUCAUCAAACUCGAAUAAAGCAGCCAAGUCGAAUAAGGAGGAUAAACGUAAAAAGGCAGACAUCAAAAAUACUGCAAAAUUAUCCUUUAACGCCGACGAAGAAGACGAGGAGGACGAGUAGAAAG